AUGCCGGCAGCCACCGCGCCCGGGCUGGACGCGCCGCGCACCCCCACGCUAGGGCGGGACAGCGGCGGCCCCCGCGGAUCCACAGGGCAGUGCCGCCGCCUGCGCCCGCCCCGGCUCGGCUCGCUCCAGGUGCUCCGCGGCAGCGGCACCGACGUGGGAACAGCGGUCACGUUCCAGUGCUCGGCCGAACACCAGCUGCAGGGAGCGGCCAUCGUCACCUGCGUUUGGAACGGGAACGGCACGCAGUGGACAGCCGGAGUGCCCUCCUGCAAGCCCAUAUCAAAAUACGAGACUUUUGGCUUUAAGGUUGCAGUGAUUGCCUCCAUUGUGAGCUGUGCUGUCAUUCUGCUGAUGUCCAUGGCUUUCUUAACUUGCUGUCUGAUCAAGUGUGUGAAGAAAAGUGAGAGGAGGAGAACUCAAAGAGAAGUGCAGCUGUGGUACCAGCUAAGGACUGAAGAACUAGAGCACAUGCAAGCUGCUUACUUUGGUUUUAAGGGAAGAAACAACAACAACAACAAUAAGAAACUCAGGAAUACAUCUUUAUUUGGUGACGUGACUAACAUGGCAUACGAUAACCAUGGCUUCUGCAGGUCCCACGAAGAGUGGGCUCGGGAUGUCGUAGUCCCUGGGUGUUGCAAAGACAACGGUCACCUGCUGAAGGUGGCCAAGAGCGGCGGUGCAGGGGGGACAGACGCGGUGCCGAGACACAACGCUGCGCUGCAGACGGCGAACCCCAUACACGUUGUUGAAGUCUACAGUCAUAAGGAUAGUUACAACAAACCAAACUGCCAGAUACCUGGAUAGCUGGUGUCUGAAAUGCAACUGCUUCUCUGGACCAAAAUGAAAUUUUGAUAGAAAUAUGUGCCUUAAAGACAACAUAGAAAGUUCAUUAUUCAUAUGAAUUGUAAGUUUUGUAUAUUCCAAGAUGGUUAUUUAAAAGAAAUGCUUCAAGGUUUGAUACAAAUAAAGAUAUGAAUGUUAGGGCUGUCAA